CUUUCAUGCCCACACCCUCCUUCCUUUCUUCUGCGGAGAGGUGGUGCUGGUUCUGUUUGGAGUAGGGACGUUGGAUGUGGGGAGAGAUGGGGAAGAGGCGGGAGGCGCUGCUGCGGGUGGUGGCGGUGGCGGUCUUCGUGCUGCUGGCGACUGCGGCGGCGAGAGCGGAGGAGGAGGGCCGCGGUGGGGGGCGGCGCCACGCCUACGCGGCGAUGAUGUACAUGGGGACGCCGAGGGACUAUGAGUUCUUCGUGGCGACGCGAGUGAUGAUGCGGUCGCUAGGGAGGCUCCGCGUCGACGCCGACCUCGUCGUCAUUGCCUCCGCCGACGUCCCCGUUCGUUGGGUUCGAACCCUUAAGGAGGAGGACGCGGUGAAGGUGGUGACCGUGGAGAACCUGAAGAACCCGUACGAGAAGCAAGGCAACUUCAACACCAGAUUCAAGCUGACGCUGAACAAGCUCUACGCAUGGAGCUUGGUGUCGUACGACCGGGUCGUCAUGCUCGACGCCGACAACCUCUUCCUCCAAUCCACCGACGAGCUCUUCCAGUGCGGCAACUUCUGUGCCGCCUUCAUCAACCCCUGCAUCUUCCACACCGGCCUCUUUGUCCUCCAGCCUUCCACGGCAGUCUUCAAGGACAUGCUUCACGAGCUACAGAUCGGACGUGAGAACCAUGAUGGCGCAGACCAGGGGUUCUUGGUCAGCUACUUCUCGGACUUGCUCGAUCGGCCGAUGUUCCACCCGCCCGCCAACCACACGAAGCUCCACGGAACCUAUCGACUCCCGCUGGGAUACCAGAUGGAUGCCUCCUACUACUAUUUGAAGCUUCGGUGGAGUGUGCCAUGCGGACCCAACAGCGUCAUCACCUUCCCCAGUAUGCCAUGGUUGAAACCUUGGUACUGGUGGUCUUGGCCUGUUCUGCCACUGGGUCUCCAAUGGCACGAGCAACGACGAACCAGUCUCGGGUACGAUGCGGAGACGCCGGCAAUGCUGAUUCAGGCCGUGAUGUACCUCGGAAUCAUAGCGGUCACACGAAUGGCGCGUCCCAACUUGCUGAAGCUGUGUCACAACCGGCGAUCGGAGAAGAGCUUCAUCCCCUUCCCCUUCCUGCACGCCAUGGUGAAGGCGACGGCGGUGUGUUCCAUCGUCGUAGCGUACGUCGUCCCAUUCUUCCUCGUUCCCCGGACGGCGCACCCGCUUCUUGGCUGGCCGCUCUACCUGCUCGGAGCAGCCGCGCUUUGUUCCAUUGCGAUCAGCGUCUUCCUGCUUCCGCCUCUUCCGGUCCUCACACUGCUGCUGGGCGUAGUUGGCUCCCUGUUUGUGAUGGCAUUUCCUUGGUAUUCAGAUGGCAUCACCAGAGCUCUGGCUUUGUUCGGCUAUGCCUUCUGCUGUGCUCCAUUUCUGUGGGCAUCACUGACGAGAACAGUGAUCUCGUUGCAGAGUCUUCUGGAACGGGAGGCCGUCUUCCUUAGAUUGGGAGAAUCCAUGCCGCUGUCCGAGUCCAAUAAGCUGUAUUAAGUAUUAAGCUGCAGCAGAGAGAGACUCGAUACUGUAAAGAUUUGAGUGGAUUAUCUUAUUCAUUUUAUGAUCUCAUUCUUUUA